AUGUGGCAGCUCAAGUCUUUCGCACAGUGCGCGCUAUUUCCCGCCUUGGUGUCGAUGCUACUGGCGCUUCAGGGCUGUGACCAUCUUGCCCAAGUUCAGACAGUUGUAUCCAAUGCCGUGUCCGAUGUCAAGCAUGAUGUGGAGUCUUUAUUGCCCGGAAGCAAUCAGACAAAGAAAGAAGUCCGGAUGCAGAAUGGCUUUCUACAGCCCAGCCAUUCGCAGCCAUCUGCCAAGAUGAAAGACAGUGUCCCAGACCAAGAGGACACGAUUCCCCUCGCCGCGACUUCUUGGUCCGGAGGUCCGCGGCUGUUGAUGGCAGUGUCGCCAGUGGAUGCCAACGGUGGUUUGCUGCCGGCACAGAGGCUGGUUGUGGAUACAGGAUCUUCCACACUCGCAUUUUGUCAGAGUAGCCUCCUGGAGGAAGCAUCAUAUCACGAAACUAAUUACAUUUCUUGCAAUUUGUACAACCCCGGCGGAUCGUUUACGGGAUACUGGGGCCCUUUCGUUGCCGGUCAGCUCCACGCUGGCGGCGUGACCUUCCAGAAUUCCUUCUACAGCAUCAUGGCACAGGAGGCCGGCAUGCCUUGCCGAAAUGGAAUUGAUGGAAUCUUCGGCAUCGCCUUUCGGCAGUUGGAUGUUGCUUAUCCGGCAGACGAGAGACCCGACUUCGCGAGCAACGAGGGCGCACAGUGCCCGCAGGCGGUGCAAGCGUUGCCGCCGCCUAUGAUCCAGAAGCUUCGAAACAACGGUGGCGUGGAGAAGCUAGGCAUCUACUGGUCUGGUCAGAUGGGUGAGGACCAGGGCAUGCUGUACCUCGACGAUGCGGCGGUGACGAAUGAGCACUACGACAAGUCCUCAAUGCUGGGUCCGGCUGUUCUGGGGGAGGUCGGCUGGUAUGAUAUCGCGGUCCAGAAGAUCACUGUGGGCGACCAGGAGUUUACGGGCUUCGGGUGUGCUCCGAGCUCUGGGCAGCAGUGCAUCAUGGACACCGGAACCCCCUCCUUGGUACUGCCACCGCAAGUCUUCGACUCUGCUGCCCGACUCAUCGACUUCGGAGAGUCUGCGACCUUGACAUUCUGGUUGCCGGGCAUCUCGGGGGAAGCUGUGGCUGUGAGCUUCGACCUGCAAGCACUCAGCAACAUGGGGGCCUUGUCGAAAGGUGGCCAGGGCACGAACCUCAUCCUUGGGCUUCCCUUGUGGGCCUUCUACUACACCGUCUUCGACAUCAGCGGCCAGUCCGUCUCCUUCAUCCGGCAGACGCAGGUGCCAGCACCUCAGGAGACGCCCUCGGAGUCUCAGCCGAUACAGCCGACCGAGCCGCGGGAGCCGCCGCUGGAGCCGACAGAGCCCUCACAGGUGGAGCCCGGACCUUUCCAGCCCUUCCAGCCGGGGCCUUGGACGCCCAUCCCACGUCACGAGCCCGGGAGUUUGCCCGUGCCGGAGUCUCCUCUGGAACCCUUUGAUGGUCCCUUUGAUGGUCCCUUUCAGAUCAUCUUUGAAGAGACCGCGAACUCUUCAGCACCUGGCGAGGGAAGAAGGAUGGAAGAGCUUCCAGUGCAUGUAUGA